ACAAACACGUUUUGGAAAUUCUUCAACAGAAAUUUUGCAGAAAACAACUUGUGUAUGUGGAGAAUUCUUUGCUGGUGUGGAAACUGCAACCCACCGGGAAAAAUUAUGAACUUAUAAACGAGGGUUCAAAACCCAUGGAGAAAUCCUAAAGCCUACACUACUACUACUACUACUACUACUAUCUAGAAAUGUCCACACGAUCUUCACUUCUAGAAUUGAAGAUCCUGUGGACAAAGAUGUUUACGGGAAACAAGUCUAGUACCCGGUUGCAAUACCCUUGUUUAUCGUCAGGGUAAUUAUAUAAUUUUGAUAAAACUAGAUAAAAAUUUUUCGGUGAUAGUUAUGGUCGGAAAAGUUCGUGCUGUAGCCACUGGUUAAUCCUGUUUGUUUCCCAUUUUAGUUGAAAAUGAAUUCGGAAUUGUUAGAUAAUGCUAAAAAGCUUGUACAUAAAUCGUACAUUGAGCAGGGAUCUCAAAACUUGAGUGCUUUAGGGAAGCAAUUAAAUGAAUUAAUUGAAAAGAGAAAAAUGCCGUCAAAGCCACUCACGGAUCAACAAAUUGAUGUACUUUUAAAUUAUCUUUCCUUGAUGGACAGUAACAAUUUCAGUGGAAAUGCAGGAGUUGGCGAACGGGAAGGACGCUGCUUUGCCUCAAUGGUUCGUCGCAGAAACUAUGGUUUCUGUCAUGGAAUUGGUCGUUCAGGUGACAUAACUGAAAUUCAGCCGAAAGCAGCUGGAUCUAGCUUGCUGGUUAAGCUAUGUCGCAAUUUGACCCUGGAUUUGUUUAAAUUAUCUGGUAUAAGAGGUUGCACUGACUUGGUUUUGUUGCCUGUGGCAACAGGUAUGGCCUUGAGUCUUUGCUUAAUGACAUUGAGACCUACUAAACCUCGGGCCGAGUAUGUCGUGUUUCUCAGAAUUGACCAGAAAAGCUGUUUCAAGUCAAUCUUGACUGCGGGUUUCAAGCCUUUGGUUGUGACUGGUUUAAAAAAUGGAGAUGAAAUACAGACAAACUUAGAUGAACUGAGAAAGAUUAUAAUCGAAAAAGGAGCGGAGUCGAUUGUAUGCGUGAUGUCAACUACAAGUUGUUUUGCUCCUCGUGUUCCGGAUAAUUUACCCGAGAUAGGCAAAAUAUGCUCACAGUUUGACAUAGCUCAUGUUGUCAAUAAUGCUUAUGGCUUACAAUCAUCGAAGUGUUCACAUUUGAUAUCCGAAACUGUGAGACUGAAGUAUAGAUUGGAUGCGUUUGUUCAGAGUAUGGAUAAAAAUUUUAUGGUUCCUGUCGGAGGAAGUAUUGUUGGGGGUUUUGACCAGAGUUUUGUUGAUAAUUUGGGUAAAAUGUACCCCGGGCGGGCUUCUAUUCAGCCCAUCUUAGAUCUAUUUAUUUCUUUUCUUUCAAUGGGAUCUGAAAAAUACAAAGAGCUGUUAGUUGAAAGGAAAGAAUUGUAUAGUAGGCUUCAAAUAGAACUAAAACAGGUUGCUGAAAGUUUCGGAGAGAGACUUCUGAAUGUGCCACAUAAUGACAUAUCAAUGGGGAUAACAUUGCAAAGUGUUGAAAUUCCCGAUGAAGGUAAUGACGUCACCGAAAGCGUGACCAAAAUAGGAAGUAUGCUGUUCACUCGCUACGUCUCUGGUGCUCGCGUGGUGUCUCGUGAUACGACGAAAGAAAUAGGUGGAGUGAAAUUUAAAGGAUUCGGUGCGCAUGUUGACGAGUAUCCGCAUGAUUACAUGACAGCAGCAGCGUCAAUAGGAAUGCAAUCGGAAGAUAUUAAUUUGUUCAUGAAACGACUUAAAGCAGUUCUAUCAAAACAGUACAACAAAGAUCAUAGUGUUAAAUUCGUACCAGAAAUUACUAAUGGUCCUAUAAAUGAUGAUGGUGACCAUGUUGAUAGUGAAUGAAAUUAUUUGACUUGUUUUAUAAAUUGUAUAUUGUUUCAAUCAGUUACUGUCAAAUUUGAUUAUAUGAGCUUUCA